AUGACAAAGGCUGAGGGCACCAACCACACCUGCACGCAGAUCGCUGCCUAUGUGCGUGGGCUGGUACCAGUAUGCCGUAUCGUAGCUUUAUUGUGGGUGUAUAUCAAGUGUCAGACUAGUCCACCCACGGGUGAUAAUAUUCACCCGUUUGGCGUAGGCUACAGCGGCCCUCCCUCGCAUGACGCACUCAGAAAGGACCAAGGAAAUCCCCAAGCAGGAGUUACGACACAAGUCUGCCCCUGCAGGACAGCGGGGUUACUUCCUAGCAGAGAGAGGAUCCUCACAGACCAACCCAAACGGCACUUCAGCCACGGUUUAAACCUCUCGCAUCCACGACAAACAACAAACAGUUGUUUGGACGAACAGCACCGACCCAGAGGCAAAUAUACGAAGACAUCCUUCGCAGUACAGCGAGAGACAGCACGACCAUUUGCAAACAUGUACGGCACGACAGGAAUGCCCGACCUCAUACCGCCAGCAGGUUCUCUUCGACCAAGAUCGGUAGUCUCGUACAACACCGGGCACGGAGACGGAUCCAACGGCGCGGAACCCCCGCGGAGAACGCAGAGAGCGCCCAAACUCGGACAGAUCGGGCGCUCCAAAAGAGUAAUCAUUGAUGAUGAAGACUUGGAUGACAUCAUGAACAACAACAGGGGCUUCCCCAUCAGUGUCUCACCUGUUGCCUAAAGCGUGACAGACUGUGCCAAAGCUGUGAAGAGGCCAAUACCGUUACUCUAGCAAAUGAAUGAUUUCAAUACACAAAAACAACUAAACAAGAAAUGAAUCAUUUAAACACAC